AUGGAUUCAGCUCAACCGCACAAGCUUAGGAUGAAGAAGGAAGCCAUCUUGAAGUCAGCUCGACCCAUCUACUCGACCAACCGGUCGAGUUCCUCAACUCGACCGGCCAAGUUCAACUCGAUCGAGCUGCGAGUCAAUGCCUUAAGGCUACAUGACCACUACCCUGGCAUGUAUGAGUCUAGGCGAUUUUCCUCAUGGGAAGUGUUGGGAAAUCGCUUGAAAAGGUCCACUAAGAGCUCCAAUAUGCUUGCUCUCGAAAUGGAGUUUAUAGGUGUUGGAUGGGUUAGUUUGAGCAAUGAUCCUACUGCCUCUAAGGCUUGA